GCCAAAAGACAUGUAUCAACUAGAAAAGGAAAGAGAUAAAAACAAAUGAACCUAGAAAUCGUGUUCCAAAUGGAAACAACAGUCCAUAGAGGUGCAGAGACAACUGUUUAAAUAUAAAUGUAUGUAAAACUGCAAAACCAAACAAAACCCCAAGUUAAAGUUUUGUUCAUCAUCAAUAUAAACCAAAUCACCCCUAUAAACUACAAGUUUGUACAUUGUACAUUUGUACUUGCUUUUGUAUUGUGUGUCUUUUGGUUUUGUGUAAGUGAAAGAUGGAAUUCAUCUUUGUUUGUCAGGUGACAAUCUUCAUAAUGGUGUUUAUUUGGGUACUACAUUUGGUGCUUAGAAGAGUAAACAUUUGGGUGUAUGAAUCUAAACUUGGGGAAAAGAGACAUAGUUUACCCCCAGGUGACUUUGGCUUGCCUUUUGUAGGCAACAUGUGGUCUUUUCUUAGAGCCUUCAAGUCCUCUAAUCCUGACUCCUUCCUCAAUUCAUUUGUCAGCAGAUUUGGCAAAACAGGACUUUACAAAGCGUUCAUGUUUGGGAGUCCAAGUAUAAUAGUGACCACACCUGAAAUGUGCAGAAAAGUGUUAAAUGAUGAUGAACAUUUCAAGCCUGGUUGGCCUCUUUCAACUACAGAGUUGAUUGGUAGGAAAUCCUUCGUCGCCAUCCCCUAUGAAGAGCAUAAGCGUCUAAGAAGGUUAACUUCAACUCCUAUCAAUGGACAUGAAGCACUAUCAAAUUACAUAGAAUAUAUUGAAGAUAUUUCAAAAACUACUCUGCAUAAAAUGAGCAUAAUGGGAGAAAUUGAGUUUCUAACUCAGCUUAGGAAGUUAACUUUCCGUAUAAUCAUGUACAUUUUUCUGAGCUCAGAGAGUGAGCCUGUAAUGGAGGCUCUAGAAAGAGAGUAUACAACACUAAAUCAUGGUGUUAGAGCUAUGGCUAUCAAUAUCCCUGGAUUUGCUUACCAUAAGGCACUUAAGGCUCGGAAGAAACUUGUGGCAGUUUUCCAAAGUGUAAUCGAUGAACGAAGGGCACUAAAAAGAAAUGGUGUUGCUGUCAAAGCUAAGAAAGAUAUGAUGGAUGCAUUACUUGAAGUUGAAGAUGAUAAUGGGAGAAAAUUGACUGAUGAGGAGAUUAUAGAUCUUUUAGUGAUGUACUUGAAUGCAGGACAUGAAUCAUCUGCUCAUACCAUAAUGUGGGCUACUGUCUUAUUACAGCAACACCCUGAAUUUUUACAGAAAGCUAAGGCAGAGCAAGAAGAGAUUGUAAAGAACAGACCAGUUGGACAAAAAGGACUGACACUGAAAGAAACCAGAAAAAUGACUUAUCUUUCUGAGGUCAUUGAUGAAACACUUAGGUGGGUAACUUUCUCAUUCGUCGUCUUUCGAGAGGCAAUAUCAGAUGUCAAUAUUAAUGGUUAUACAAUUCCUAAAGGGUGGAAAGUGUUGACAUGGUUUAGGACUUGUCAUCUAGAUCCUGAAGUCUGGCCUGAACCUAUGAAGUUCAAUCCUUCUAGAUGGAAAAACCUUGUUCCAAAGGCAGGAACUUUCCUUCCCUUUGGUGCCGGGAGUAGGUUGUGUCCAGGAAAUGAUCUCGCGAAAUUAGAAAUUUCAAUUUUUCUCCAUUAUUUUCUCCUCAACUACAGGCUGGAGAGAGUAAAUCCUGAGUGCACUAUGCAAUUCUUGCCACAUAGAAGACCAAAAGAUAACUGCUUGGCAACAAUCACAAGGAUCUGAACUUAGUUAUGUUUCAAGAUUUGCAGACAAAUAGAGCAAGGAGCUUUAGUACACAUUAUUGCAAAUGAUGCUCAGGCUUAAAAUUUUUGGUUAUGUAUUUAUAAUUUGCUCGUCUUUCUUGUCACAGUAAGAAUAUUGCAUAAGUGGGCAAACUGCACAAUAACCAUUGUUGCACAUCAAGUUCACACAAUAUUAUCUGUUCAUGUUUUGCUUAA